AUGGAGAUAGAUAAGCAUAGAUACUGUACAGAACAGAGAAUGGGAGACGGAGAGAGAUUCCCCAGGUCAGCACUGCACAUUGACCUGGACUGUUUCUUUGUGUCUGAGGAGUUUGGAUUCAUCCUGGAGCAGCCAGCAGUAAGGCAUCUUUUUCCAACUUUAUAUAUGUACUUUGUGCUGAGCAUGAUGUCAGAAAAUGUCUUAAAAUUACUGCAAUAACUUUAUGAAUGGUGUGACUUCAGGUUAAUCUGUUGGCAUUUUAUUGGUUAAUUUUCCUUUAAAUGCUGUUUUGUUUUGCUGUUAAAGCAAGCUAGACUCCUCUGCUCUUUACAAAUGUGAUCUACUGACUAAGUCACCUUUCAAAUAAUUGCCUGGUUUUGUUUUGGGGAUGUGAAAAGCAAAAUUAAAGAACAUACUUCCACAUUAAAUAUCAGUCUGUAGUCUUCACAACAGAAAUAAUGAGAAGUGUGGUAUUAUUUCUGUCUCAGUGACAUAUGGUAUUUCCUCCAGUGUCUCUUGAUCCAGUAAUCCCAUGUGCUACCAGGAUUUGAAACUGAGAAAUAUGUUUGUUUUGGUUAAUGUUAUAUGGAUACCUAUUGAUCUUUGUCCCUCCAGCAUGCACUGAGCUGUGAGCCAAUGACAGUUGGUCUGUUCUGGUCUCUAUUGACUUACACUGGAGAGAGUGUGCUCAAUGUCAACAUUAAAUAAAUGAGAGUUGAGGGACUAAAACAAGUUCUACUCUCUACUUUAGAUCAUGCUUUUAUCCCAUCACACCUCAUUAACUUACAGUAUAUUCCGAUUGCAGUGCCAGAAACAUAUUUUUUGCUUGAACUUCUAGAACCAACAACUUUCUUAUUGUAUGUAUAGUGCACAGAUACAUCAUUGUACUGUCAUUUCUAGUUUCUUUCUAACCACAAUCCAGUAUGACAAUCAACAGGUUUUAAAUUCUGGGAAAUUUUUCUAAACUUUCUAAACUUCCUAUCCCAGAUUUGAGGAACUACUUGGUGUCACAUGACAUUGUACACAACCUUCUAUUAUUGAACUUGAUUAUUGCAGAACGAUGAUGCAAGGGAUGUGUUCAAUAAUAAAGGGACAGAGAUACAGUAUAGCGAAUCAAGCUCAGAGAGAGAUCACUCACAGAGGCUGACAUCCACGUGAAUCGAUCAUAACGUGACAACGAGACUGGAGAUAAUAAGCAUAGAUAUUGUACAGAACAGUGAAUGGGAUGUUAUAUGGAUACCUAUUGAUUUUUCUCCCUCCAGCAUGCACUGAGCUGUGAGCCAAUGACAGUUGGUCUGUUCUGGUCUCUAUUGACUUACACUGGAGAGAGUGUGCUCAAUGUCAACACUAAAUCAAUGAGACUUGAGGGACUAAAACAAGUUCUACUCUCUACUUUAGAUCAUGCUUUUAUCCCAUCACACCUCAUUAACUUACAGUACAUUCCGAUUGCAGAGCCAGAAACAUAUUUUUUGCUUGAACUUCUUGAACCAACAACUUUCUUCUUUUGUGUAUAGUGCACAGAUAAAUCAGUGUACUGUCAUAUCUAGCUGUUUGACCUUUGCCCAUUUUAGACAGACCUUCCAGAUUACUACCGGGUAUGGAUGGGCUUGGCCAGCAACCUCACAUCCCUCAUCCAAACACAUCAGCUGCAAGACCUGGUCAACGAGGUGAGAAACCACAUGUAUCUCAGUCAACAAUCAAAUACACUUGAUUUUAUUUAGUGUAUCCCCUGUAGCUCAGUUGGUAGAGCAUGGUGCUUGUAACACCUGGGUUGUGGGUUCGUUUCCCACGGGGGGGCAGUAUGAAAAUGUAUGCACUCACUAACUGUAAGUCGCUCUGGAUAAGAGCGUCUGCUAAAUGACUAAAAUAUAAAUGUGAUUUAGGCUUCAGCACUGAUGUGACUUUGCAUGUGUCUGGGCUUGUGAUGUCCGUGCUGAUGUGUGUGAUUGUACCAGUGUUGCUGAUAGACCCAUACUAACAGACUCAUUGUUGCCAUUGUUGUAAACAGAUGCCUGUGCUGAGUCCCCAUCACCUGAAGGGCCAUCGGGAGCUGAGGCUGGCUCACCUGGCCCUGGGCUUCAUCACCAUGGGGUAUGUCUGGCAGGAGGGGCAACACCUGCCGGCCCAGGUAAAAACCAGCUCAGUGUGACCUUUAACCUCAGACAUGAACGCUGGAAUAUGUCUCAUUGAUUGUUGGCAUGCUUACUGUUUGUGUUUAUUAGACUCUCCCCAAAUCCCUGGCUCUGCCCUACUGGCUGGUCUCCAAGAGACUCGGCCUGCCACCCAUCCUGACGUACGCAGACUCUGUUCUGGCUAACUGGAGACUCAGGGACCUUACAGGGUGAGCUGGGCCUUUGGUCUGUCACUACCCCUUACCUCUACCCCCUUGACCACUUUCCUUCCAACCCCUACCCAAAAUGCCACUACACUCUUGUCCACUACCAUUACUUCUACUAACACGACAGGACCAUGUACUGUUUAGGAAACACAUGCCAUGUAUUGACAUUCUUUCUCACACUUGUUAUUUCAGGGACAUCGAAAUUGGGUGAGUAUGACAGAAAAACUGUCAUGAGAAUUACGUUUGAAUUUCUCUCCUGUAAAUUCCUGUUUUCGGUUCUGUUUGGUUUCUAUGUGAUAUUCUUGUGGUUUCCAUGUGUUAUUCAUGUGAUUUUGAAUAUAGGAACUUGGAUACACUGUUCUCUUUUCCUGGGGGAGAAAGCUGUAAAGGGUUCUUCCUGGUCUCUCUCUUGGUGGAGAGGGCUGCUAGCUCAGGGAUACAGGCAAGUCUCUAUGUGUGUCUCUGUCUUUCUUUCUCUUUCUCUUUCUCUGUCUAAGUCACUAUCCAUGUACAGUCGUGGUCAAAAGUUUUGAGAAUGACACAAAUAUUAAUUUUCACAAAGUCUGCUGCCUCAGUUUUUAUGAUGGCAAUUUGCAUAUACUCCAGAAUGUUAUGAAGAGUGAUUAGAUGAAUUGCAAUUAAUUGCAAAGUCCCUCUUUGCCAUGAAAAUGAACUUAAUCCCCCAAAAACAUUUCCACUGCAUUUCAGCCCUGCCACAAAAGGACCAGCUGACAUCAUGUCAGUGAUUCUCUCGUUAACACAGGUGAGAGUGUUGACGAGGACAAGGCUGGAGAUCACUCUGUCAUGCUGAUUGAGUUAGAAUAACAGACUGGAAGCUUUAAAAGGAAGGUGGUGCUUGAAAUCAUUGUUCUUCCUCUGUUAACCAUGGUUACCUGCAAGGAAUCACGUGCCGUCAUCAUUGCUUUGCACAAAAAGGGCUUCACAGGCAAGGAUAUUGCUGCUAGUAAGAUUGCACCUAAAUCAACCAUUUAUCGGAUAAUCAAGAACUUCAAGGAGAGAGGUUCAAUUGUUGUGAAGAAGGCUUCAGGGCGCCCAAGAAAGUCCAGCAAGCGCCAGGACCAUCUCCUAAAGUUGAUUCAGCUGCGGGAUCGGGGAACCACCAGUGCAGAGCUUGCUCAGGAAUGGCAGCAGGCAGGUGUGAGUAGAUCUGCACACACAGUGAGGCAAAGAUUUUGGAGGAUGGCCUGGUGUCAAGAAGGGCAGCGAGGAAGCCACUUCUCUCCAGGAAAAACAUAAGGGACAGACUGAUAUUCUGCAAAAGGUACAGGGAUUGGACUGCUGAGGACUGGGGUAAAGUCAUUUUCUCUGAAUCCCCUUUCCGAUUGUUUGGGGCAUCCGGAAAAAAGCUUGUCCAGAGAAGACAAGGUGAGCGCUACCAUCGGUCCUGUGUCAUGCCAACAGUAAAGCAUCCUGAGACCAUUCAUGUGUGGGGUUGCUUCUCAGCCAAGGGAGUGGGCUCACUCACAAUUUUGCCUAAGAACACAGCCAUGAAUAAAGAAUGGUACCAACACAUCCUCCGAGGGCAACUUCUCCCAACCAUCCAAGAACAGUUUGGUGACGAACAAUGCCUUUUCCAGCAUGAUGGAGCACCUUGCCAUAAGGAAAGAGUGAUAACUAAGUGGCUCGGGGAACAAAACAUCUACAUUUUGGGUCCAUGGCCAGGAAACUCUCCAGACCUUAAUCCCAUUGAGAACUUGUGGUCAAUCCUCAAGAGGCAGGUGGACAAACAAAACCCCACAAAUUCUGACAAACUCCAAGCAUUGAUUAUGCAAGAAUGGGCUGCCAUCAGUCAGGAUGUGGCCCAGAAGUUAAUUGACAGCAUGCCAGGGCGGAUUGCAGAGGUCUUGAAAAAGAAGGGUCAACACUGCAAAUAUUGACUCUUUGCAUAAACUUAAUGUAAUUGUCAAUAAAAGCCUUUGACACUUAUGGAAUGCUUGUAAUUAUACGUCAGUAUACCAUAGUAACAUCUGACAAAAAUAUCUCAUAACACUGAAGCAGCAAACUUUGUGAAGACCAAUACUUGUGUCAUUCUCAAAACUUUUGACCACGACUGUACUGUAUCUCUCACACACUUUGCAUCUCUCUGUCUUUCUCAUUAUAACCCUGUUUCUCCUUCUCUCUUUCUGUUUUUGUGAUCUCUUUCUGUCUUUCGUGGUCACUUUCACUAUGAACCCUAAGAGGCUUUUGAUUAUGAGUGCUAAUUGUCCUGAACUCCGUCUAGGGGGCGUUUUCAGUGAUGAAUUCUGUGGUAACCUGUGACAUCAUCAGCAUACAGAAGGGCCUCUACAAAGUGGGCCAGUCUCUGAGGAAGAUGAAGGAAAUAUUUGAGCUCAUGCACAGUAAGUUACAUCCUACCUUAUCCACAGUGAAUCAUAUCCACACCCAUGUAGUAUAUACAGUGGGGAGAACAAGUAUUUGAUAUACUGCCGAUUUUGCAGGUUUUCCUACUUACAAAGCAUGUAGAGGUCUGUAAUUUUUAUCAUAGGUACACUUCAACUGUGAGAGACGGAAUCUAAAACAAAAAUCCAAAAAAUCACAUUGUAUGAUUUUUAAGUAAUUCAUUUGCAUUUUAUUGCAUGACAUAAGUAUUUGAUACAUUAGAAAAGCAGAACUUAAUAUUUGGUACAGAAACCUUUGUUUGCAAUUACAGAGAUCAUACGUUUCCUGUAGGUCUUGACCAGGUUUGCAGAGACUGCAGCAGGGAUUUUUGUAUUGCAUGACAUAAGUAUUUGAUCACCUACCAACCAGUAAGAAUUCCGGCUCUCACAGACCUGUUAGUUUUUCUUUAAGAAGCCCUCCUGUUCUCCACUCAUUACCUGUAUUAACUGCACCUGUUUGAACUCGUUACCUGUAUAAAAGACACCUGUCCACACACUCAAUCAAGCAGACUCCAACCUCUCCACAAUGGCCAAGACCAGAGAGCUGUGUAAGGACAUCUGGGAUAAAAUUGUAGACCUGCACAAGGCUGGGAUGGGCUACAGGACAAUAGGCAACCAGCUUGGUGAGAAGGCAACAACUGUUGGCGCAAUUAUUAGAAAAUGGAAGAAGUUCAAGAUGACGGUCAAUCACCCUCGGUCUGGGGCUCCAUGCAAGAUCUCACCUCGUGGGGCAUCAAUGAUCAUGAGGAAGGUGAGGGAUCAGCCCAGAACUACACGGCAGGACCUGGUCAAUGACCUGAAGAAAGCUGGGACCACAGUCUCAAAGAAAACCAUUAGUAACACACUACGCCGUCAUGGAUUAAAAUCCUGCAGCGCACGCAAGGUCCCCCUGCUCAAGCCAGCGCAUGUCCAGGCCCGUCUGAAGUUUGCCAAUGACCAUCUGGAUGAUCCAGAGGAGGAAUGGGAGAAGGUCAUGUGGUCUGAUGAGACAAAAAUUGAGCUUUUUGGUCUAAACUCCACUCACCGUGUUUGGAGGAAGAAGAAGGAUGAGUGCAACCCCAAGAACACCAUCCCAACCGUGAAGCAUCGAGGUGGAAACAUCAUUCUUUGGGGAUGCUUUUCUGCAAAGGGGACAGGACGACUGCACCGUAUUGAGGGGAUGGGGCCAUGUAUCGCGAGAUCUUGGCCAACAACCUCCUUCCCUCAGUAAGAGCAUUGAAGAUGGGUCGUGGCUGGGUCUUCCAGCAUGACAACGACCCGAAACACACAGCCAGGGCAACUAAGGAGUGGCUCCGUAAGAAGCAUCUCAAGGUCCUGGAGUGGCCUAGCCAGUCUCCAGACCUGAACCCAAUCGAACAUCUUUGGAGGGAGCUGAAAGUCCGUAUUGCCCAGCGACAGCCCCGAAACCUGAAGGAUCUGGAGAAGGUCUGUAUGGAGGAGUGGGCCAAAAUCCCUGCUGCAGUGUGUGCGAACCUGGUCAAGACCUACAGGAAACGUAUGAUCUCUGUAAUUGCAAACAAAGGUUUCUGUACCAAAUAUUAAAGGUCUGCUUUUCUGAUGUAUCAAAUACUUAUGUCAUGCAAUAAAAUGCAAAUUAAUUACUUAAAAAUCAUACAAUGUGAUUUUCUGGAUUUUUUUUUUUUAGAUUCCUUCUCUCACAGUUGAAGUGUACCUAUGAUAAAAAUUACAGACCUCUACAUGCUUUGUAAGUAGGAAAACCAGCAAAAUCGGCAGGGUAUCAAACACUUGUUCUCCCCACUGUAUAAUAAGUGCAAUUUAAUUGGAAUAUUUCUGUUUUCAGGGCACGUGGACCCCACUGCAUUCCAUGGAACUCUGAGAAUCUUCUUCUCAGGGUAAUGUAUGAUGCAAUCUAUACAUAUUCACUCCAUUAUAAGGGCCCUAUAUAAUCCGUGAUGUGGAAAAAAUCAACUAAAUGUAUUCAACUUAUUAGACAUUUGAUUAAUUUGCCCAAGUUAAUCAUAAGACAUGAAUAAAAUGAUACGUAUUUUCAACUUUCUGAAGAGGCAAUGCGGGAAUGCCCCUGUCUGUGUGCACAUUUGUAACACUUUGUUUAGCUGUUAACAAAGAUGCUAAUGAUAACCGUCUUCUGGUAGAUGGAAAGACUUUCCAAAAAACCUUCUCAAUUAAAUGUUAUCUACAAAGUAGCCUAUGUAUACCUGGCAGAAUGAUAUCAUUAUUUGCAUUAAUCCAGUGGCGAUUUGUUUAGCAAACUCUGAAAUCACAUAUGUGCUAGAGAAACACUGCUAAUCAAACAAGUCUCUUGUUGGUGCGCACUUGAAUGAAAGGGUAUCUACGGUGAGCGUACAAAACAUUAGGAAAACCUUCCUAAUAUUGAGUUGCACCCCCUUUUGCCCUCAGAACAGCCUCAAUUCGUCGGGGCAUGGACAACAAUGUGACGAAAAUGUUCCACAGGGAUGCUGGCCCAUGUUGACUCCAAUGCUUCCCACAGUUGUGUCAAGUUGGCUGGAUGUUUUUUGGGUGGUGGACUAUUCUUGAUACACAUGGGAAACUGUUGAGCGUGAAAAACUUAGCAGCGUUGCAGUUCCUGACACAUUCAAACCAGUGCGCCUGGCACCUACUACUAUAUCCCGUUCAAAGGCACUUAAAUAUUUUGUCAAGCCCAUUCACCAUCUGAAUGGCACACAUACACAAUCCAUGUCUCAAUUGCUUAAAAAUCAAUUGCUUUCACCUGGAUUCACCUGGUCAGUCUAUGUCAUGGAAAGAGCAGGUAUUCCUAAUGUUUUGUACACAGUGUAUAUUCUACACCCAAAAAUGAAAAUGUAUUUGAUUUUUCCCAGACCUCAAAAGUGGUCUCCUGAUGUGGUUUAAGCAUUGUGGUGGACUUAAAACAUACCAUUGUGUUGUUUUUCUAUAGAAAAUGUGUGAUUUUGAGAGAGAAAACCUGAAAAACCUGGAAAGAAUCUGAAACAUAGAAAAACAAAAUGGAGAAAACAGAAUUUGGGGAAAAAACUAAAAACGGAUUUUAUACAUUAUCCCUACAUUAUGUAGCCCAUUCUGGGCUGUAUUAGUUUCAUACAUAACUCUGUAUGGUGCUGUCGUAGAUGGAGAGAUAACCCCAUGCUUCCAGGAGGGCUGCUGUAUGAGGGUGUGGGGGAGGAGCCGAUGAUGCUGUCAGGAGGAAGUGCUGCACAGAGUUCCUCCAUUCAGUGCUUUGAUGCGCUACUGGGAAUCUGUCAUGACGUCCAUGCAGGUAUGACCCCAUUCUGACCCCAUAAGCCUAUGUUUCUGAUUUUCCAGCGAUAUUUCAAUUUGGGUUCUAAUCUCCUCAUUUCUCCUCGACCGUUCCUCCAUCUCUCCAUGUAAAGCAUCUUUCCUGAAGCGCAUGCGGGAGUACAUGCUCCCCUCCCACCGCCAGCUGAUAGAGACUCUGUCUGUUUGUCCCCCUCUACGUGACUUUAUCCUCUCCUGCUCCAGCCCCUCUCUCUGCAUCAAUUAUGACUCAUGUGUGUCUGCCCUGGUGAACCUGCGGAGUUACCACCUCUCCGCUGUGACCCGAUACAUCACUGUACCUGGUUACCGGGCCCGUGCCAUGGGCUGUCCACUCAACGGCGUCGGCUCAGCGUUGGAUGAAACCGGCACCGGAGGCUCCAGCCCACUGCCUUUCCUAAAGAGCAUCCGUGAUGCCACACAGAGAGCACUGAUCUCACAGACACGACUCACAUCACAGAGUCAACGCUGA